UUAAAUGCGCUCGUCCAGUCGCAUGUGUUCAGCCGAGCGCCUUCUCCUCUCUCUUCUCUCCUCUUCUCUCCUCCUCUCUUCUCUGCUCUCUUCUCUUUCCCAUCUCUCCUCUCUUCUGUCUUCUCUCCGGUACAAUCGGCUGGUCCCGGUGGUAACAUGGUGCGAGGAUCAGGGCGGCACUGAGCCACUGCGUAAGGACACCACAACAAAACAACACCACGUCCCAGCUUAACACGUAUCAACACGCCGAGGAGGAAUCCAGUCGUUUUCGGACGCACAGGUCUGACCCCGGGGUUGUGUCAUUGCUGAGCACAUACACACUCAUCACCAUGGGAAAGCAGAACAGCAAGCUCAGGCCAGAGAUGCUACAGGACCUGAGGGAGAAUACUGAGUUUUCAGACCAUGAGCUACAGGAGUGGUACAAGGGAUUCCUUAAAGACUGCCCAAGUGGCCACCUGAACGUGGAGGAGUUCAAGAAGAUAUAUGCCAACUUUUUUCCGUACGGCGAUGCAUCCAAGUUUGCAGAGCAUGUUUUCCGCACCUUUGACACCAACAACGACGGCACCAUCGACUUUCGGGAGUUCAUCAUCGCUCUGAGUGUGACCUCACGGGGAAAGCUGGAUCAGAAGCUGAAAUGGGCGUUCAGCAUGUACGACCUUGAUGGCAAUGGGUACAUCAGUCGUGAUGAGAUGCUGGAGAUUGUGCAGGCCAUCUAUAAAAUGGUGUCCUCUGUGAUGAAGAUGCCUGAAGACGAGUCCACACCAGAGAAGAGGACGGAUAAGAUCUUCAGACAAAUGGACUUAAACAAUGAUGGUAAGCUCUCUCUGGAGGAGUUCAUAAAGGGUGCCAAGAGCGAUCCGUCCAUCGUGCGGCUGCUGCAGUGCGACCCUAGCAGUGCCUCACAGUUUUGAGUCCUUUAAGAAACAAGCGCUCUGUGCAUGAAGGUUCUCGUCUUUCAUUGUUAUUUGUGUUCCAGACGGAAGAGUUUUAAGGGGAAAAAAAAGUGCAUCCGUUUUAUGUUUAGUUUCUUUGAGAAGGGACACGCAUACAUCCGAAGAACAAAGACAACACCCGCAACGACGUCUUCUGUCUGCUGCGCUUCGUCUGUCCGUGUCUAUGAUGCCCAUGGAACGCUCGGCUCACGGUGUUCAGCCACCAGUCUCCAGGCUCCUGGUUUUGGGAAGGACCGUUCCCUGGAUAUUGUGCAUGCACUCCCACUCCUCUCUCUCUCUCUCUCUCUCUCUCUCUCUCUCUCUCUCUCUCUCUCUCUCUCUCUCUCUCUCCCUCUCAUGUCUAGCUGUCCUGUGUUUAUUUUGUUCUCCUCUUUUUGGUUUUCCUAUAGAUGUGUAUAUGCAUAUAUAUACACAUAUAAACGCAUAUAAAACAUAUUAGGAAGGUAGUGUAGAUGCCUUUUUACUCAGACAGUAUUAUGUAGCUCGCGUAAGAAUCCAAAUCCGUUAAAAAUAAAAAUAAAAAUAAAAAAAGAAAUCCAGUAGACACAGUGGACUGAUGGACUGGAUGUUAGGAUUUGUUUGCUUAUGAUUUUUCAGUUAGUACGAGCAGGCUGCAGAUCCCGUUAUUUCAUUUUGCUUGAUUUUUACUUUUUUUUGUACAUAUGUAUUGUUUCCUUUAAGGUUAUUUAUUUUUUUCAUCCUUUUGUUUUUUUGCACGUGUUGUUUUAUAUUGUGAAACUUUGAUUUCAUCUCUGAAAGCAUCAGUGUUGCGUCAUCAGGUCUGCUGCAGUAAACCACUGGUGAGCUUACUCUGAAACAAGACUUUUAAGUUCAUACUUGCUGAUUUGAGGCAUGCGAGAUGUCUUGUAACGUGAUUGUCGAGGGUUUGCAAAACUCUGAAGGAAUAUUUCAUGACCCCGACAUUAUAAGAUUCUGUCUGCCAUUCGAUUUUAACCCAGAAAUGAACCUUUUUCCUUCUAAGGUCAUUGCAUCAGGGGAAAUGUUCCAUGGUGUUUGAAAUCCAAUGCUUAAAACACAUGUGUGAAAGUGAGCGUAUUUUGUGCAUGAUUCCUGUGCAUGUGUGUGCACUAUCUUUAUAGUUUCACUUUGUAUGUGUUUUUGAGCCCGAUUUAAAAUUUAAAACCCGAAAUCUGAAAACAUCCACAAAUAUCAGCUCAUCAGUUCCAUUAUCUGAAACAUAACACAUGCACAAUCUGUUUUACGCAUGCAUUCAAACUAACUACUCUCCUUUUAAACGUGUUGCCAACAAUUUUGUAUUCACUGGAUAGUUCAGUUUGCCCAGGCUACUGCUAUCUCAUGCUCUAUUCUCAUAUUGUUUUUUUGUUCUUUCCUUUCCUCCAAACCCUUACUUAUUUUUUUCACACCUGCAACUGAUUUUUUAAUCACAAUAUUGUAACACACAAAGUACUCAUUUUAAAGUAUUGUCAUUUUAAAAUGGCAGAAAAGAAUGUGCAAUGAUUUAUAAUCACACCUCACUCUUAGAAAAUUGAUAGAUAUUAUUUUUCUUAUUACAAGACCAGAGGUUAUCCCAGUGAGCGUUAGCUCUAAGGGCUUAUUUCCACAAUUGAUUGAAUGGGGUGUAUGAAAAUAUCACUGCUUUUAUCUCUCUACUUUGUGUCACAACAUCUGAGAGAAAAUUUCAUCUCCCUUCGGUAACAUUUCAAUCCACCUCCUACGUCUUUUUGUGUGGUGACGGAGCUUCGGUCGCUCUCGUAUCGCUUCACUUCCAGCUUCUUUCUAGCUUUCCAACUCAUUACUUCCCGAUUUGUACUGAGACUGUACCUUAUUGCAAGAUCUCUCAUGUUGCAUGAAAACCUCAAGUGAAGACAUCAUGAUUGUCCCCCUCUCUCCCCCAACCUCUUUGCUGAAAUUGAUGACAAAUAUACUUGUGUUUCAAACUUUGUCUGGAGGUGAUUUCAAUAAGAAUUGCAGCAAAAUCAGAAGAGUCUGAGCAGCAUCACUGUUUAUUUGAUACCGGAUUGAUCUACUUGAUGUGUUACGUUAUUUGGUGAGGUGUUUUCCCCCACUCAUCACACAGUUCACACAUCUACUGUAUAUUGAAAACUUUAUUAAGAGACAUCAGGAUUGUUAAAAGACAAAAAAAUUCACCUGAAAUGAAUAGUUUAAUCUGUUUAGCAUGUAAUUUCUGCACAUUAUUUAAGUUCCAAUUAUUUAUAAAAAAACACACAUACAAACAAACACACACACAAGUUUUUCCAUCCUGCCUGUUUUCCUCCCUUCAAGAAAUGUACUUUAACGGUGGGGUUUUUUUUUUUUCAAUUCAGACCAGCCGACCAGGACUGCAAAUUUUAUCAAUAAACUCGUGUGGAUCGCAGCACUUGUGCACAGAUAACAUGCACACUCCAAUUUAAUUUCCUUCCAAACCUCUGUUCAAGUAGCACCUGAGUUUGGUCAGUGUAACACAAAAGCUCAUAAUUAGAUCCAGAAGCUGGCCCUGUUGACUGAGGCUCUGUUGAAUUGAGACGAGGCCGCUCUGAUCUGUGCCGAGCGGCUCGAGCUGUAGGGCCGUGAUGCUCGCAGCAGCUCGUGCUGUUCUGGGGGGCGCAUCAGUUCACGGUCUCCAUGGUAACGGAGGGGUGGUGGGACAUGGCAGGGGAGCACUGGGGGCACAGCUGCUCUGAGGGUCUUCACCUGGAAGAAAACACACACACACACACUAUUACAGUACUGCUGCAGCAUGAGUCAUACAUCACUGGCUGUGUAUACGCCCAAUUUCUCAGACACACAGGCAUGCAUGCACACACACUCUUAGAGGAUUGGAUUUUUUUUUUUUUUUUUUUUU